CUGAUGAAGUGUGUCACGAUCUCCACAGGACUCCAGGACUCCUUGCUGUAGACAUUGCCCAAGCACCAUAAGCAGAGGUCUGCUGCCAUGGGCAACCUGAUCAAAGUCCUGGGCAAAGAUUUAGAAAACUGUCCUCAUUUCUUCCUGGAUUUUGAAAAUGCUCAGCCCACAGAAGCCGAGACGGCCAUCUGGAACCAGGUGAACGCUGUCCUGGAGGAGGCCCAGACCAUCCUGGCAGAACUGCAAUCCUACACAGGCGCUGGCCAAGAGAUCCGGGAGGCCAUCCAGAACCCCAGCCAGCUGCAACUUCAAGAAAAGGCCUGGAAUGCUGUGUGUCCCCUUGUGGCGAAGCUGAAACGGUUUUACGAGUUUUCUCUCAGGCUCGAGAACGCCUUACGGAGCUUGCUGGAGGCCCUGACCAGCCCCCCACAUCCCCCCACCCAGCACUUGGAGAGAGAGCAGGCCUUGGCCAAGCAGUUUGCAGAAAUCCUACACUUCACCCUCAGCUUCGAUGAGCUCAAGAUGACCAAUCCUGCCAUUCAGAACGAUUUUAGCUACUACAGAAGAACCAUCAGUCGAAAUCGAAUCAACAAUUUGCAAUUGGAUGUGGAGAGUGAGGUCAACAAUGAGAUGGCCAACCGGAUGUCCCUCUUUUACGCCGAGGCAACCCCGAUGCUGAAAACUCUGAGCAGUGCCACCACCAAGUUUGUCUCGGAGAACAAAACUCUCCCAAUAGAAGACACGACAGACUGUCUGAGCACCAUGGCCUGUGUCUGCCGAGUGAUGCUGGAAACUCCGGAAUAUCGCAGCAGAUUCACUAACACUGAGACUCUCCUCUUCUGCAUGCGGGUAAUGGUGGGAGUCAUCAUCCUCUAUGAUCAUGUCCACCCAGUGGGGGCAUUCACCAAGACCUCCAAAAUAGAUAUGAAAGGAUGCAUCAAGGUUUUGAAGGAGCAGCCCUCCAACAGCACAGAAGGCCUUCUCAAUGCUCUGAGGUACACCACCCGGCACCUCAAUGAUGACACCACUUCGAAGCAGAUCCGGGCUUUGCUGCAAUGAAGCUUCCUGGAACAGCUGUUCACCAGACAGACGCAAGAAACCUCCGGCAGAAAUUUUAAUCUUGACAUGUUGCUAUAAAUAGUCGUCAUAUCCCUCAUUUUGAAAAAAAAAAAUGUUAAAGAAGAGCAGGUGAGAUUGUCAAUAUUAUAUAUAGAGAGAGACAGAACUGCAAUAAAUAUUCCAGCUCCAAGAUGACCCCCGUUCAAUACUGGCCAAAACACAGGGACUAGUCUCUUGUCUCAAGUGGCCGUGCUGUGCUGAUUCCAGCCCCAUCCAUGCUGGGGUGACCAGGCCCCCUGCAUGUCAAGUCUUUUGAGCGUGGAGGAAGAUUUCUUCUGAGCCUUUCUGGGAUCAUAACAUGGAUCUGCAAGGAAGCCGGAUGCCAGGAAAGUGAGAAGGAAGGAUGGCUGGUCUCUUACCCAAGGUGUAAAUAUCCCAUCUGGAAAAGCUUGAUUGAAUGAAUGGGCAUGAGCACCAUCAUUAAGCCUUCAAUUCUGAUUCCAUUCUUAGUGGCUCAGUCACACCUUUUAGAUUUUUAAUAUG